AUUUUCCCUGUUUACUUUUGUUUCAGUCAUGAGAUAUGUUCCAACAAGAACUCCCCCAAAUACAAAGCAAAGCAUAUCUCAAAGAUACUUCUUCAUACACACAUGUUCCUUCCAUUCACACCAUCCACAUCACUCCUCUUUUACAACACCAAAACCAUGGAGAAAACAUCUCUUAUAUCUUUGGCUUCAACACCUAAUGCAAUUUUAUUGCUUCUUGCUCUAACUAUUUUCCAAGAAGUGCAAGGAAUUGGUGUUAAUUAUGGCAUAAUAGCAAACAAUCUUCCACCACCAUCUCAAGUUGCAAAGUUUCUCUUACACUCCACCAUAAUUAACAAGGUGAGAAUCUUUGAUGCAAACCAUGAAAUCUUACAUGCUUUUUCCGAUACCGGAAUCGAGAUAACCGUAACAAUACCUAAUGACCAAAUUCCAGACAUAACCAACUUAACCUUAGCUCAACAAUGGAUCAAAACCAAUGUCCAACCUUUUAUCCCUUCAACCAACAUCAUAAGAAUCCUAGUAGGAAAUGAAGUCUUAUCAACAGCUAACAAGCUUCUUAUUACUAGCCUUGUCCCUGCCAUGGAAACUCUACACAUUGCCCUUGUAAGUGCCUCAUUAGACAACUCUAUUAAAGUGUCCACACCACAUUCUUUAGGUAUUUUGUCUAACUCAAGUCCACCAUCAAGUGCUAGUUUUAGACAAGGCUAUGAUAUACAUGUAAUCAAGCCAAUGCUUAGGUUUCUUAAAGAUUCAAAUUCUCCUUUCAUGGUUAAUCCUUACCCCUUUUUUGCUUGUACUUCAAGCAACCUAGAUUUUGCGGUUUUUCGUGUAAAUUCGGGGCUUUUUGAUGAUUACACUAAACUGAAAUACACCAAUAUGUUUGAUGCGCAACUUGAUGCUGUUUAUUCGGCAAUGAAAGUUUUGGGCUUUGAGGACGUUGAAAUUGUUAUUGGCGAAACGGGUUGGCCUUCGAUGGGCGACUCGGCCCAGAUUGGUGUUGACACGACGAGUGCUUCUGAUUACAAUGGAAAUCUUAUAAGGCACGUUACUUCUGGGGAAGGGACACCUCUAAUGCCGAAUCGGACUUUUGAUAUCUAUGUUUUUGGUUUGUUUAAUGAAAAUCUAAAGCCCGGUCCAAUAUGCGAAAGGAAUUUUGGGCUGUUUUGGCCUAAUAUGAGUCUUGUCUAUGAUGUUCCAAUAAUGAGAAACAAUGUAGAUGUUGCUAACAAUCAUUCUAAAGCUUUAUUGUCAAUAAUGAUAGCUUUGAACUUCUUGAUAGGUUUUUGGGCAUAAAUCUUCUUGCACUGUUGUUCAUUUCUAGCAAUGCCUGUAAAAAGCCUGACCAGUUGGAUUUGAACUUCCAACAACCAGGAAAUCUGAUAUGGGCCAUAAUCAUGCAAUUUUGAAUGGCCACCAGAUCAAAUAUUAAAUGCUUUACAUUCAAAUGUUCUAGCUUGUUUGGA